AUGAAGUUCCUUCUCAUUAUUGCGUUUUCCGCUUCUAUCUGCUCCGUGUGCUGCGGUGAUUAUGCGGCAGCAGCAGGAGGAGGAGGAGGAGGUGGAGGAGGAGCUGGUUAUUCUGGAGGCGGUGGUGACGCGGCUGCCGGAGGCUCUGGCGGAGCUGCUGCUGCUGCUGCUUCCGAAGCAGCACCAGCGCAAACCGCCGCUGCCGGAGGGUCUGCCGGAGCUGCUGCUUCUGCUUCCGAAGCCGCACCAGCUCCAACCGCGGAUGCCGGAGGGUCUGCCGGAGCUGCUGCUUCUGCUUCCGAAGCCGCACCAGCUCAAACCGCCGCUGCCGGAGGGUCUGCCGGAGCUGCUGCUUCUGCUUCCGAAGCCGCACCAGCUCCAACCGCGGAUGCCGGAGGGUCUGCCGGAGCUGCUGCUUCUGCUUCCGAAGCCGCACCAGCUCAAACCGCCGCUGCCGGAGGGUCUGCCGGAGCUGCUGCUUCUGCUUCCGAAGCCGCACCAGCUCCAACCGCGGAUGCCGGAGGGUCUGCCGGAGCUGCUGCUUCUGCUUCCGAAGCCGCACCAGCUCAAACCGCCGCUGCCGGAGGAUACGCUGGCGCUGCUACAGCUGCAGGAGGAGGUGGUUACCCAGCAACGAAAAAAAGAGUCGUCCGUGCUUACGCCGAAGAAGGUGUUACCGGAGGCGCUACCGGAGGCGCUGUAGGAGGAUAUUCAGGUGGAUCCGCUGCUCCAGAACCAGCUCUGGCCUCAGCUCCUCCUCCUGCACCGGAACAAGCUCCUGCUCCAAAAGCCGCACCAACUCAAGCAGCUGAAGCCGAAGGGCAUGCAGGCGCUGCUCCAUCUGCAGGUGGCUCAUAUCCCGCAAAGAAGGUGAUGGCUCGUUUCCUCCGAGUCGCUGCCUGA